AUGCAUUUCACUGCUCUUUUGACUUGUGUGGGUCUGCUUUCCACCGUUGUGUCUGCAGUUCCCCAUAGACUCCGCAGACGUGCCACCACUGGCCAGAAUGUUGUCUACUGGGGUCAGAAUGGCGGCGGCACCAUUGAGAACAAUGAUCUGUCCACCUAUUGUAGCUCAACUGCUGGUAUUGAUAUAGUUGUUCUUUCCUUCCUUUACGAGUAUGGCAACGGAAACGAAAUUGCAUCCGGCAUCAUUGGCCAGUCUUGCAGUAUCUCGACUAGCGGCGAGGGUUCGCAAUGUGACGAUCUUGCUGCUGCCAUCACAACUUGCCAGAACAAUGGUGUCAAGGUUAUUCUUUCCCUUGGUGGGGCCGUUGGCGCAUACUCCCUGUCCUCGCAGGAAGAGGCUGAAACGAUCGGCCAAAACCUGUGGGAUGCAUAUGGAAAUGUCGGCAGUGGCACUGUUCCUCGACCCUUCGGUACCUCUUUCGUCAACGGCUGGGACUUCGAUAUUGAGGCGUCAAGUGGAAACCAGUACUACCAAUACAUGAUCAGCACGCUCCGAUCAAACUUUGCUUCUGACAGCGCCAACACCUAUUACAUUACAGGUGCUCCACAGUGCCCCAUCCCGGAGCCUAAUAUGCAGCAGAUCAUCACCACUUCUCAAUUUGAUUAUCUCUGGGUCCAGUUCUACAAUAACCCUGGAUGCUCUACCAACGGUGCUAUCAACUACGAUGACUGGGUCUCAAAUGUCGCCGGAACCCCAUCUGCUGAUGCUAAGAUCUUUAUUGGUGUGCCUGCUGCCCCUGACGGCGCCACCGGCACAGCUAGCGGCGCGCAAUACUACCUGGAGCCAACUGCACUUGCUACUUUGGUCGGAAAAUACAGCUCGAACCCCGCCUUUGGUGGUAUCAUGAUGUGGUCCGCCGGUUUCUCCGAUUCGAACGUUAAUAACGGAUGCACUUAUGCCCAGGAGGCUAAGAGCAUUCUUACCACUGGCUCCGCCUGCUAA